UGUGAUCACACGCCACAGAGGCGCGCCAAGAGACGGACUGCACAGGCUCCACCACCAGCCACUCUCACGACACACCAAGCCACCACUUGCUGUAGUGCAAUUCUCAGGAUCAGGUUUAGGCAGGCUGUGGACCAGUCUUUGGGGAUACAGUAACUGCUGUGUGAUUGGCGGUUCGUCUGAUACACCAGAGAGAAACAAGAUAAGGAGAAGAACAUACUAGAGGAACCUUGGAUAAUCUGGAGAACGUCCUGCUUUACACAGAGACCAUGAUAGCGCUAACAGAACGCUAAAGGAAACCUAAUGGAAUGCUGAGUGAGGUCAUGUAGCUGCCCUCUGACACCCCUGCAUGUGACUACGCCUUCUGCGUCACCUCGGCUUUUCUAAUUGGCUGGUUUGGAGAGCGACGGACCAAUGGAGAAGAGUGCUGAGGAGCUGAACCUCUCGUUCCUGCUGGAGCAUGAGAGAGAGAUGAUCCUCGGAGUCCUGCAGAAGGACGAGAAACUGAGGAAACUAGAGGAGAAGAGGAUACGGAAGCUGAAGAAUGAGCUGGUGGAGAUCAGGCGUAAGGGUUCGCGGCGCCCCCAAGAGGUUGGGGAGCGUCAAUGCGCCCGUUGCCUGAAGGGCCUGGGCCUGAUUUUCGACCGCGGGGAGCUCUGUGAGCAGUGUCUACAGCGUGUCUGCAGCGACUGUCGCGUGAUGGCCCCUAAAGCAAAGCACUGGAAGUGCUCCAUCUGUGCCAAAGUCUUGGAGCUGAAGGUGGUGACCGGGGAGUGGUUUCUAGAGGAGCGGUCCAAGCGGUUUGACAAGGGGACAGUUCUCAGCAGUGAUGUGGUCAAACAGUCUAUCAUGAGCAGCCCCGCAGAAAGCCCCCACAGGAAGUCCCCAGUGCCAGCUGACUCACCUGAGAGGCCUGACACCCCAAAAUCAGGAAGAAGUGCCGUGAGGAACCUGGUGGAUGGUGCCAAGAGGAAAGGGAAAGGGAUAUUGAUGGAUAAGAAGGGCAGCCGUCCCAGCCUGAAGCCAGAGAACGGGGUGCAGGGUGGGAGUGUGUGUGCUCCUGUCCCCGACACAGACACACACAGCGUACGCAGUGCCCGGUCUGCACCACGCUCCACAACCCGCUCAGCGCCUCACUCACAUAGGGGCAGUGUUGUGGCUCUGGAGUCUUCAGGGAUACGUACUGUACCUAACAACCUGCGUUCCCAAACCCUGGAGAGGGACAGGUCCCCUACACCCAGCAGCAAGAGCAGGAGGGUCAGGCCGGACGGAGCGGAGAGCGUGGCUAGUUUCCGCUCCAGCGACAGCGUGUUUGACAAGAUGUCCGACACCGUCACCGGGCUUGGCUGGACAGGGUCUGAUACCGCCCCACCCACCAUUGCUGUCUCCAGGGCCUCUGUUUCAUCAGAUCGUAGUCGUUCUGAGUUGGACCUGUCUGUUCCUGGUUCUGCCAGUGAUGAGGCCCUCAGCCUGAGGAGCCGCUCCGUUCCUGGGCUCAAUGACACGGAGUUUGAUGAUAAUGAUAAAGACGAGGACAUCGAUGCUCUGAUGUCGGCACACAGCAAGGCCGCCAGCCGACGCAUGAGCUGCGCUGUGUCUACGUCUUCUACUCCCGGCUCAGAGAGAAAAUGGGGCUACCUCAGUGUUCCUGGCGACUCAGACGCAGAAACUAGCAGUCUGAACAGUAUGAUGAGUAUGUACAGUGAGACUGGUGACUAUGGCAACGCCAACGUGAGUGGCGAGCUGCUGUUGAACAUCAGCUACAGCUAUAAGACAGGCGCUCUUAACGUCCUGGUGAAGGAGUGUCGCAACCUGGCCACCGGGGAUGAGAAGAGGCAACGCACAGAUGCCUAUGUGAAGGCCUACCUCCUCCCAGACAAGUCUCGCCAGAGCAAGAGGAAGACCAGCAUCAAGACCAACACAAUCAACCCUGUAUUCAACGAGAACCUUAGGUAUGUGAUCAGCCACUCCCAGUUGGAGACACGAACGCUGCAGCUGUCUGUGUGGCACCAUGACCGCUUCGGACACAACAGCUUCCUGGGGGAGGUGGAGCUGACCUUUGACUCCUGGGAGUUUGACAGCAACACGGAGGAGUGGUACUCUCUGCAGCCCAAGCUGGACAGUAGUAUGGACUCCACGCUCCAGUAUAAAGGGGAGCUGACCGUGGUUCUGAAGUACAUCCCUGCAGAGAAGAACCUCAUGCUACCCCUGGACCAGGUCCAAGUGAAGAAAGGCUUUCUGAAAGGAAAGAAGACCAGCAUCAAGCUGCCUCAAGGAGGUAUGGUGGAACUGCUGGUCAAGGAGGCCAAGAACCUGACCUCAGUCAAGUCUGGAGGCACUUCAGACCCCUUUGUGAAAGGGUACCUGCUCCCUGACAACAGUAAGUCCACCAAGCACAAGACGGUGGUGGUGCGUCGCUCGGUCAACCCCCAGUGGAACCACACCUUCACCUACUGUGGCCUGCAGGCCGGAGACCUGAACAACGUGUGUCUGGAGCUCACCGUCUGGGACAAGGAGGCUCUGGCCAGCAAUGUCUUCCUGGGGGGAGUCCGACUCAACGGAGGGACAGGCCAGAGCUAUGGGAACCAGGUGGACUGGAUGGACUCGUACGGAGAGGAACAGCGGCUAUGGCAACGCAUGAUUGACAACCCGGAGGUCCCUCAGGAGUGUACACUGAUGCUGAGGUCCAGCAUGUGCAAGCACAACACAUGAGAUGGAGGGAGGGAGGGAGGGAAAGAAG